ACUAAUUCAUUACAUUACAAAGGGGAGUGACGCAGUUAUUGUAGAUGUAUAGAUACUCCAUGCUUUUUUUCCGUAUGACCUAAAAUAACUAUUUGUAGUAGUCGUGGGAGUGUUUACAUCGCGACUAGCUUAGGUUUAGGCGAUUCCUGGUGUUAUUUUUGAGGCUUUAUGUCGAUUUUGUAAACGCUGCGAAUUCGGAUGCUACUCCGCUUGGAGGUUGCGGUACACCCCGAGGACUAGAUGCGAUAACCCGAGCGAGAAAUGCCGCAGCCCAAAUCACGAAAAAUCGCCAUCCUCGGGUACAGAUCCGUAGGAAAGUCCUCCUUGACAAUUCAGUUUGUUGAAGGCCAGUUCGUGGACUCCUAUGACCCUACAAUAGAAAACACGUUUACUAAAAUGAUAACAAUAAACGGACAGGAGUACCAUCUGCAGCUGGUGGACACGGCAGGCCAGGACGAGUACUCCAUCUUCCCACAGACCUAUUCCAUAGACAUCAACGGUUACAUCCUGGUCUAUUCAGUCACAUCUAAUAAAAGCUUUGAAGUCGUUCAAGUCAUCCAUGAAAAGCUGUUGGAUAUGGUGGGCAAGGUUCAAGUACCAAUUAUGCUGGUCGGAAACAAGAACGACCUACAUAUGGAGCGAGUAAUCAGUUGUGAAGAGGGAAAAGCAUUAGCUGAUUCCUGGAACGCUGCUUUCAUGGAAUCCUCAGCUAAAGAAAACCAGACUGCUGUAGAGGUUUUCCGGAGGAUGAUUUUGGAGGCGGAGAAAAUGGACGGAGGCGUGCAACCCGGAAAGACCUCCUGCUCCGUGAUGUAGAGCCCACCCAACCCACAGAUCCAACAGGACACUGCACUGGGAUAUCCCGAUACUUGAAGGCUCGCUGCCAGUCCUCCACCUCAGCUGACUCCACCCUCAAAUCCCUAAAUGUCAGAAAUAGCCCUAAAGCUCAGUACGUUUACAUGCAGGAGAAAUACAUGCCUUAUCAUCAAUAUAGGGUUAUUAGUAAAAGAAAAAUUCUAUGCUUUCAACUGAACAAAAAGUUGACAGAACUGGAUUUUUCUUUUACUAUAGAUCAAAUAUGGACGACUGAGGGAUUACACAGACAAUAUGGGGUUGUAUAUAAAGAUCUUACUCCAGUUGGUAAGGCACUAUGUUCUCACUGUUUAAUUAGUUAACUUGGAAUAAAGCACUUUUUGGUGCUACUUUGUAAUAACUACACCUUAAUUAGGCUUAGUAAAGCAUAAACAAAGAAUUAAUUCAAAAUGAACAAAUACUUUAUUAAGAAUGAACCAGGCUUAGUAACCACUUAAUUAAAGUGGACCUAUUAUGCAAAAAUCAACUUUGACCCUAUCAAAGUUGUAUUUAGAGUGAUUCAUGCAUGUUUGAGUAAUCUUUAUACUCCUGUCAUUGCUCUAACCUUCAUUUUCACUGCCACCAGUACAUGUCCACUGCUCUGUACUUGAUGUGUGUAUAAUUUGGCAGCGUCACAUAGUUAUUUUGGUACAAAUCUCUGCUGCUUGCAGGCAUGAUCUGCAGCCAUCCAUAGGAGGGGCAGACGACUGUGCAGCUCUUUGUUGCAAUGACAUUUACGAUAUCUGUUUCCAUUGGGUACUACAGUUUUCUACUACAGAACUCAGUGGACUUGUUUCUUUUAUUAAGUCAUUUUGGAUCAGUAUUGCAAUUUAAAAUGUCCAAAUUAUAACAUAACAAUCCACAGGUUUCAUUGUUUAUAACUAUAUAGCAGACACAAGCACAAUAUGUCUUCUUUAAGGGUUUAGGAAUUAGAGUUAAUUAAGUAGUUACUUAGGCCGAAUCUUUCUUAAUAAACUGUUCAUUAUGGAAUAACACUUGUUCAUGUUUGAUUAAGGCUGAAGUGUAGUUAUUAGAAAGUGUUUCAGUUUUUUUUCACAUGUUGGAUUAAGUAAAGCAGGUCUUUAAGGAUUUUCAAUAUAGAUAGAAUAGCACUAUAGCUACCAUCUAUGGCAAACAAGAUGGUUGGAUGGAACUGAUAACCAACUGACUAAAAACAGCCUAUAUCAAUGUCACUUUAAUUGAAUUUGAAAUUGUUCUUAUUUUAUUGAUCAAAUACCACUAUACGCUAAAGGAUAAGUCCUUUGAUUCCCUUGUUAAGUUUUUCAUAUCAAAUGCAUAAUAUAACAUGAAUUUGUAAAAUAUAUAUACUAUUUGACAGUUUUAAAAAGUAAGAAAGAGAGAUGACAAAAUAUGGUAAAAAGAAUUAGAAAAUGCAAACACUUUUUAAAUGGUAAAUUAUUUACGUAAUUUGUGGAAGGAUGUUUUGUAUUUCUAUUUACUAUUCUAUUAGAAGUAGAACAAUAGAAGAUUGCUAAAGUCGGACAACCCACUCUUAGCAUGAACGCUGUACCACAUAAAAGCAAGGCAUUAACUCAUAUGAAUUUAAUUAUCUGUGGUUCCAUCGAUAAGAGACUGUUACACUGUCAUUAAAGGCCCAAUGCUACACAAAAUGGAUUCUUGUGAGCUUUAAGCCAUGUUUAUAAUGUUACCUCAUAAGAUACCGGUAAUUAUACCUGGAGUUGUGUUUUGUUUCAUUCACACAUCUUUGAGUACUCCUUGUUUAUUAAUCUGUCUACAUUUCGAAAGCUGAAAAUGCACUGUUCCACCUUGUGAUGCCAUUUAGUGGUAGUUUUCAAGUAAACAGCUACCGUUUACCUUUAUUUCAGUAGAGAUCGACUAUUACAGGGCUGAAAUCAUCCAAAUGAUUCCAGUGAAGGUGUAUGGAGUUUAAAAACACAGAGGAGCAUUUCCUGCAUUACCACAUGACAUCACAAGGUGGAAAGGAGUGUUUUCUGUGUGCGAGAAGAACUUAAUGUGCCUAAAUAUGCAGGGUUUGAGUAUUAAACAUGUGUGAGUGAAAUUGGUGAUGAUGAGGAAACAACAUUAUAACAUAGAUUAAAAAAAAAAUUGUCUUGCCUGCCCGUUAAGGUUUGAAAAAUGUCUUUUUACUUAUAAGAAAUGGAAACAAAAAAAUCCACCUGAAGGCACCCUUAGUCUACUUUGUUUUGCCUAGUUGUCUAUAAGUCUAGUUUUGAAUUUACUAACCUGUGCAUGUAACGUACUGACUGUAUAUUUAGGGCUCUGGCUCCACUCUACCAGUAUCCCCCCUCCCUCUGUCAUCCUCAUUUUUUCUUAGCGUGUUUGAGAAACUGUGAUUAGCGUGGAUGCUAAUUGAUGCUAAACACAAGUGACUAUAAUCUGGGUGUAUCCGAACAAAUGUUUUUUAUUUUAAAUAUUCUUUUCUAUGAAUUUAUUUCUUGCUGUGCUUGGUACAGAAAGUCCUUACUAAGUCCAGAGGUAGAAAACAGCAGCAGUGGCUUGAUGCAUCCCCGCUUCUCGUUUUCAUAUAAUCGGCUACAAGCGCCUCUGUUUAAAGGUGCAUUGUUUAACUUUUUCUUGCUUGUCUCCAAGGAGAAGUUAGUGUUUUACCUGGAAUGUUCCACAGUAUGGCAUUGAUUCUGUCUAUCUAGUAGGGUUGUCAAAAGUAUCAAAUCAGAUACUAAUCGAUAUUAAAACUAGUAUCGAAACCAGAUAAUCAUUUGAACAGGUAUGGAUACUAAAAAAGUCACAUUCAUAAGAUAGAACGGAACCUUUCCUGAAUAGCUUUAGAAUGAUCUUGAGCUGUAUAAUAAGUAUAAGACCACAUGGAAUAGUAUAUGCCCAUGGACCACUAUGGAACCUACUUGGACUGAGACAUUACACAAACAUAACAUUGUUAAUAUAAAAGUACAAUGAUUUUAUGUUGAAAAUCCCCAUUCUCUUGUCUAAAUAAAGAGUGAUUUUAAGUAGCUUUUUUUUCAUUUUUCAUUUCAUUUAUCUUUAUUUAUACUGGGAGAGCCCAAUGGGAGUACCAGACUUUUUCAUGAGCACACUGUUAAAGUAUAGAACAGUACAAACUAAACAAAUAACUACAUGGUUCCAUUAAAAAUGUUAAAAACAGGUGCUUGUGUGAUUGUAAAUGUUUAGCAUCAGAUUUAUUAAAGUGCAUUAGUGGCACCAAUGUAUCAAAUUUUGCAUUUCCUUGAAAUGUAUUCCAUUUUUGGGGAAGCAAAAGCUUUUUUUCCAUUUCAGUUCUAGUGCAGCCAGUUUUUAGAUUUAGGCAAUCAUGAGAUCUUGUAUCAAAAGUUCCUCUAUCAAAAUUCAAGAAGCAAGUGAGUUAUUCAGACAGUCUGUCAAAUAGUCCCUUAUAAAUUUUAUACAGUGUUGUUCUCUUCUGUCAGAUAGCGAUGGCCAACCUACUUUUAAGUGAUGGGUUUUAAAUUCAUCAUCUGUUAUGAAAUGAAGGGUGUGUCUAAAGGUUUCAAAGUAUAAGCUGAAGUCUCCAUAUAUAUAUCUCCAUAAUCUAGUACAGAAAGAAACAUUGCUUGAAUAACUUCUUUUCUGUAAUUCAUUGGGAUACAAGAUUUGUUAAUAAUAAAUAAAAUUAUAAUUUAGAUGUUUAAUUGUUACAUAAGGCCGAGAUAUGUAUUUUAAAGGAUAUGUUUAUGUCAAGCCAAAACUCAAGAUAUUCUAUAGGUGGUGACUCUUUCAAUUAAUGUGUCGUUUAGUUUAUCAAGAUUUUUAGUUUGCACAUCACUUACUUGUUUCUGAAGAAAAAAAAUAAUCUUAUAUUUAUUUGCAUUCAAUGAUAAUUUAAGAUUUUUGAGAGAGGCAACUGAUCAGCAGAGGGAGCACUUGCAUACAAAACAGCAUGAUCUUCAUAUAAAUAUUUGUGGCGUUCUCUUAAAUUCCCACCAAUAAAAUUAAUAAAUAUAGUAAGAAGUAGCGGGCCCAAAAUUGAGCCUUGAGGCACUCCUUUGCUUAAAGUUAAAAAAUGCAUUUAAACUAUUUGGGUUUUGUUUAAUUGUAUUUAAACAAACCCCAGGCACUAUUGCCAGAGGUUAGUUUGAAAGAUAAUUUUGGAACAAAUUACAUGUAGCAUUGUCAAAUCCAAUAUGCUUCAGGCGCUUCUAGAGGAUUUUAUGAUCCACUGAAUAAAAAGUUUUAGUUAAAUCAAUAACCAGUGCUGCACAAUGUCGUCAAGGGCUGUGAAAAUGUCAGUUCAAACUUUUGUGGUUGCAAUGACAGUAUAUGCCCAUUUCUGAACUUCAAAAUGGAGCAUUUAUUUAAAUAAAUUGGAACUUGCAACUAACUUUUCUAAAUCUUUUGCAAGACAAGGUACUUAAGAUAUUGGCCUGAAAUGAUUUUCAUUUUUAGUUGUCCCACCUUUAUGUAAAGACGAAACAUGUGCUAUUUUCCAUAUGGUAUAACUGCCAUUUGAAUGAAUAAAUGAUUUGUAACUUUAUAAAAGAGGUUGAAUUAAAUAUGGGGAAGCUAGUAAUACAAAUUUUGGAUCAAGGUCAUCAGCUCCUGUGGACUUCUUUGGGUCUAAGGAGCAGAGAACAUUUAAGACCUCCAUAUAAGUGAAAGGUCUUAUUUGGUAUUGGAAUCGGCAUUCAGUAUCGAGUCUAUUCCAUAGUAUCAAAAUCAAGUAUGAAAUUUGAGUAUCAUGCCAACACUGCUAUCUAGAAUGCAUUCAAUUACAGAUGAUUUAAUUUCCUUGAAAAAUAGGAAUUUUUACUGCUAGGGGCUCCCCUGUCCUCAAAUCUGACCAGUAACUGGGCAUAUGACAUCACCCACUAAUACCUAUGUCUAUGGGACAUUCCAGGCAAACCCAUAACAUCUCCAUGGAGACCCUCUACUAGAAAGAUUACACAGUGCAUCUUUAAAUUAUUGGAGAUAAGAGAAAAUGUUGCGUCCGCCAUAUACUGUACUUACCCUGAAGACAACAUUCACUGCAAAAAAAAAACAAAAAAAAAAAAUGCCACUUACCAAUGGGCUAAGACAAUUGUACUCACUCACAUCUUGUUUAGUUCAAGUUAUAUUAUCUUGAAAUAAGUCCAAAAUGACAAAAAAACAAAUGAAAUAAUCUAGAACACAUACGCAAUUAAAUCCAUGUCAAAACAACCCAAAUCCAGAUUACAAUUCUAAAUUGAGUUA